AUGAUUAACAAAGAACAAGAAAAAGAAAAUGAAUCAUUGACAAUGGAUAAUUUGAAUCCAUACAUUCUUGGUGUUUCAGAUGCUGUACGAGGUCCUACUGUAGUACGAGCUGUUGAAAUUGAACAACAACUAAAGAAUAAUUUUAAUCAAUUUCCAUUUAAUCGUGUUAUUCGAGCUAAUAUCGGUGAUCCACAUGCAAGUUUCAAUCAAUCACCAAUUACAUAUAUUCGUCAAUUUGUUGCUGGAUGUACUUAUCCUCCUUUGAUGGAUAUGCCUGAUUUUCCAAUCGAUAUUAAACAACGAGUCGAACGUUUAUUAAAUGCCUGUAGUGGGAAAAGUCUUGGUUCAUAUACGGAAAGUCAAGGAAUUGUUACUGUGAGAGAAGAUAUAGCUAAUUAUAUCGAAUGUCGUGAUGGUUAUCCAGCUAAUCCAAACAAUAUUUAUCUUUGUAAUGGAGCAACAGAAGGAAUCAGAUUAGUAGUGAAACUUCUUAUGAAUAAUAAUCAAAAUAAACCAUCAGGCAUUAUGAUUCCUAUUCCACAAUAUUCAUUAUACAGUGAUACAUUAUCUUUAUAUGGUGCUUAUCAAAUUCGAUAUUAUCUUGAUGAAGAUAAUAAUUGGGCAUUGAAUUUGGAUGAACUUCAACGAGCAUUUGAUGAAGCAAAAGAAUAUUGUAUACCUCGUGGUAUUGUUAUUAUUAAUCCGGGAAAUCCUACCGGUCAAGUACUUUCAUUAGAAAACAUUAAGAUGGUGAUUCAAUUUGCGUAUAAACAUAAACUUUUUAUUUUGGCUGAUGAAGUCUAUCAAGAAAAUAUUUAUUUUACCGAUUCCAAAUUCUAUUCAUUUAAAAAAAUAAUGAUGGAUCUUGGUUCACCUUACAAUCAAAUGCAAAUGGCUUCAUUUCAUUCGGCAUCCAAAGGUUGGCAUGGCGAAUGUGGUUCACGUGGUGGUUAUUAUGAAUUAAUUAAUCUAAGCGAAGAAGUACGAAUACAAGUGAAUAAACUUGUAUCUGCUAGUAUUUGUUCAACAGCAUGGGGUCAAGUGAUAAUGAAUGCUAUCAUAAAUCCACCAAAAAAAGGUGAACCAUCUUAUGAACUUUAUGAAAAAGAACGAUCAGAUGUUUUAAAUCGUCUCAAAGAGAAAGCCAAUUUAAUAACUGAUCUAUUCAAUUCUGUCGAAGGUGUUCAUUGUAACCGAGUUAUGGGAUCUAUGUAUGCUUUUCCUCGUAUUGAUUUACCGGAAAAAGCAAUUGAAUAUGCUAAAUCUCUAAAUAUGACACCAGAUACUUUUUAUUGUUUUCAAUUACUUGAAAAGACUGGUAUUUGUGUAGUCCCUGGUAGUGGUUUUAAACAACAACCAAAUACUUAUCAUUUUCGUAUAACUAUUUUAUCACCAACUGAUGAAAUAAAACAAAUUGUCGAUCAAUUUCGUACAUUUCACAAGUCAUUUUUACGCGAAUGGAAAUAA